CCAUGCAGCAGGGGGCGCUAAUUAGCAGUAAGGGGCGAUAGAGGACGAGUCAUAAAAAACAUUAGAAAAUACGUUGUUUUCAAGCUAAUCUAUGGGAGCUUACUUAUUUAUGAGUUUUGACAUUACACAUUGCUUGUAUUCUCACGUUUGGUCUAAAAUUGAUGGUAGCACCUCCAGAAUUAAACCUCCACACUCAUAUUUCGGUAGGUGGUGGUAAAACGAGUUUGGCUAUUGUCGUCUGCCGUAGAGGGAAGAAGAAGAAGAAGAAGAAGAACCAAAAAGAAGCAUGGCUGCUGACAUGAGACUACCAACUAUUCGCAAACCAGUCUCUUUAUUAGAUUCUGCUUUUGACCGAAAAGAUCUAGUCGUCCCCGGUGAUGUUAUCACUUCAGACACUGGUUUCAUGAGGGGUCAUGGGACCUAUGUUGAUGAAGAGAAGCUGACAGCAUCUGUUGCUGGAGAGGUGCAGAGAGUAGACAAGCUAAUCUGUGUCAGACCACUAAAGACCAGGUUUAACGGUGAGGUUGGUGAUGUAGUGGUUGGCAGAAUCACAGAGGUACAACAGAAACGAUGGAAGAUAGAGACCAACUCCCGCUUGGACUCGGUGCUCUUGCUGUCUUCCGUCAAUCUGCCUGGAGGAGAGCUGAGGAGACGAUCAGCAGAAGACGAGCUCACCAUGAGAGAGUACCUUCAAGAAGGCGAUCUCAUUAGUGCAGAGGUGCAGUCAGUCUUCUCAGAUGGAGCCCUGUCGCUCCACACCCGCAGUUUAAAGUAUGGAAAAUUGGGUCAAGGAGUGCUGGUACAGCUUUCUCCUUCACUGAUCAAGAGACAGAAAACACAUUUCCACAACCUGCCAUGUGGCGCAUCCUUAAUCCUGGGGAAUAACGGCUUUGUGUGGUUGUAUCCCACACCAGGGCAGCAGGAUGAGGAGGCUGGGGGCUUCUACACCAGCCUGGAGCCUGUCAGUCUUUCAGACCGUGAAGUCAUCUCUCGGUUAAGGAACUGUCUUCUGGCUCUGGCUGCUCACAAAGUCCUCCUGUACGACACCAGUGUUCUGUAUUGCUAUGAAUCCUCAGUCCAGCACCAGGUCAAAGACAUCUUGAAGCCAGAAGUGAUGGAAGAGAUUGUCAUGUUGACUCAACAGAAGCUGUUGGAACAGGAAGGUUAAAGAGCCCACAUCCUAACUGACCUCGUAACAAAACCGUGAUCACAUCCAGCAGCUUCAAGAGGGACCAUGUAUCCAAGGACUGAACUAAUCUUUUCAAAGCCUCUUUACUAAUGUGAGAGUCAGUUGUAUGGUUAAACAGUGUGCUUUAACUUACUUAAGUGAUGGUUGGUGUUCAACUACUAUUAAGAAGGAUUUUUUUUAGAUCACUAGAGCAGCUGCUCUCACAUUAUAAAGAGAUAUAGUGGAACGCUUUUAAUAAUAUGCUGUGUAAUAGAAAAACACUGUUGUUUACAAUACAUUUUCUAUAGUUUUCAGUACUCCUCAGUGUUCGGUCUUGGUCAAUGAUACUAUUAAAAUGUAUAAUGUCUUUUCCAGUAUUGCAAAUAAAUAUGCAUUUGUAAAAAUUACA